AUGUCCGAUGCCCUCCCGCAAGUCACCAUCCUCCCCCCAUCCACCAAAAAGCGCCGCCGGCCCGCGCUAUCAUGCGAACAAUGCCGCCGGCGCAAGGUUCGCUGCGACCGCCUGUCCCCCUGCACGACAUGUGUGCAAGCCGGCAAUCGGGAGUGCUCCUAUGCGAGCCUACCCCACCGGCCCGUAGCCGCCGGCCUAGCUCCGCAGGGUCCGCCCCAGCUUCCCGAUGCAGGAGUGGUGAUGGCGGAGACUAGUCCCUCCAGUGCCGCGAGCUCGCAUUUACCUACUUCCGGGUCGGGGCGGAGUGUGGGUGAUGAGUGGAGGAACGGCAAUGUAUUCCCUCCGAAUAGUAUCUGGGUGGGUGAUGGACGGAAUGGUGAGGAUAGUGCUAGCUUGGAUGCAAGUGUGCUUGCGGAUCGCAUCCGACAUCUAGAGUGGCAGGUUGAGUCGUUUAAGCGACAGUCGAGUCCUUCGCUCCAAUAUAUUCUGGGCCUAGCAAUGCGCUCCGAGAGUGCCAGGUCCCAAUUCCGCAUCACCCUCGCCGAAUGCAAGAAUCUCGCCCGCGUCAUCAAGCGGCGCCGCACCCCAAUCUUAGUAUCCAACGCUCUAGCCACGCAAUUCGUCUCGCGCGCCAUCGCAGACAACCUAAUAGACAUUUACCUCUCAACUAUAGAUCGUGUCUACCGCAUCAUCCACGUGCCCACCUUCCGGACAGAUUACGAGCGGUACUGGGCCGAUCCGCAGAGCGUCCAUCCAUCGUUUAAGAUGCAGAUGCAGCUCUGCGCUGCUAUUGGAGCCAGCAUGGUCGACGACAAGUUCGACAUGCGUGAGGCGGCGCUGAGGUGGACAUUUGAGGCUAGGCUCUGGUUGAUCCUGCCGCCCCAUAAAGCGUCCAUAAGCGUCGCCGGAGUGCAAGUAAUGCUCUUGCUGCAGAUCGCGAGACAGGCCGUGGGUGUGGGAGGAGGCGUGACGUGGCCGGACGCUGGGAGUCUGCUCCGGUCUGCCAUGUACGCCGGGUUACAUCGGGACCCGAGACAUUUGCCUCGUAUGACUGUUUUGCGAGCCGAGAUCCGCAGGAGGUUGUGGGCUGCGAUUCUCGAGAUGCAAAUCCAGACGAGCAUCGACUCGGGCGGACCGCCGCUCAUCUCCCUUGACGACUACGAUACGGAACCCCCAUCGAACCUCGACGACGAUCAACUAACAGACGAUCUCGAGUCAUCAGAACAUCGUCCCAUUCCUUCCUCUAACACCCACACACAAACAUCUCUGCAGCUCCUCCUCCUCCAACACUUCCCCAUCCGCCUCGCCGUAGCCAAAUUCGUAAACGACCUCGGCUCCAAAUCAACCUACGAAGAAACCCUCCGCCUCAACGGCGAGCUAACCUCAUCUUGCCACGCCAUCUCCCGCCGUCUCAAUAAGCUCAUCUCGUCAUCAUCAUCCUCCUCCCACAGCAGCACCACAGCCCCAAUCACACUCUUCCACAAACACUACGUCGAAUUAAUGACCUACCGCUUCAUCAUCGCCCUCCACAACCCCCUCCUCACCGUCGCAUUCGAUAACCCAGCCUACUACUUCUCGCGCAAAAUGCUCGUCGACACCGUCAAACGGAUCUCCCCACUCGCGGGGGCCCCAAACUCCUCGUCGGCUUUACCCGGCGAGGUGGACUUCUUCAACCACAUCGUCUGCUCGUCGGGGUUCACGCGGUCAACUCUUAAGCAGGCCAUCAUGUUACUGGGUCACGAGCUCGUGACGGUUCAAAAGGAGGAGAUUCGCGAUUUCGGAGAGGCGGGGACGCCGGAUGCGGCGUCGAAGAGGGUGCUGGAAGACGCCGUGGUGUGGAUGGGGAGGAGGAUAAGGGCUGGAGAGACGAAUGUGAAGGGGUUACUGUUUACCACGGCGUUAUUGAAUCAUAUUGAAGGGGUGCAGAAGGGGGUGAGGGUGGAGGAGUUGGAGGGUUGGAUUUUGUCGAGGAUGAAGCAGGCGGUUGAGAGGGCUUAUGAGCUUAUGAAGGAGUCGGCUGAGUCGUAUGGGAUUGAGGUGGACGGAGGUACCGGAGGAGGCGAGGCCAGGGAGGUGGGGAGGAAGGGAGUUGGAGGCGAGGGGAGAGAGAGGGAGGAAGAUGAGGUGGUCAUGGACUUGGAGGAUGGUGACCCGUUUGAUGUUUUGGGGUGGAAUUUUGAUAUUGACUGGGAUCAGGAUGAGUAUAUGACGAACUUUGUCAGUUGA